AUGGCCUCAUCUUGAGCGCUUCAAUUUCACUUCCAUCGCUUCACUGGCACGUGUUCUGGUAUCCCAUGGGAUCUUCAUCACAUGCUCAACAUUUGUAACUUUGGCCUUCACUCCAGAACCCUUUCAACCAUCAUUUCUCCCUUCUCACGAACUCAAACCAAAACAUGAGCAUCACCACAACCUCCAACCCAAUUGUUCUUGGCAUUGACAACGAGCAGGAAGACUCACGUCCAGCUCAGCGUCCAGUCACUCCACCUGGGCACGCAAUUGAGCAAAUUGGGAGUGCUGGCUCUUCGCCAUUGAGUUCACUUCCAAGCUCUCUCUUGAGCCCUCGCCCAGACGUCAUCGGACUACCAUCUUCUCCGCGCCUCACUUCAACCUACCCCGAUCUUUCAAACUCAACCGAACCCCAACCACCGGCAGGCUUCACUGCAAUCCAAUCUACUGAGAGUCUCUCCGCCCCCGAAGUAUCUCCUCACUCCCUUCCAACACCUAGCACUUCUUCACGACGCUCCGUCUACCCUCCUUUGAGCCAAGAGGACGAAGAAGAGAUUGAGCGAUUGACUUCCAACGUAGCAGGGUAUCUUCAGGACUUCCGCGACACGACUGCUAGUGUGCGACCGAGAUCACGCAAGCUUCAACGCUUUUGCUGGACUUUGAGACCUUCCACGAAGAUGACUGAGACCGCUGAAGACGCGAAAGUUCAGCGGGGCCUACCUGAUAUGGACGCUGGUGAGAGUCAAACUCAACCAUCUCGCUGGAUUUACGACACGGAAAGUGAGCUGUGGACCUAUCUGCAACCUGAUCAUCCAACAGUCCAUCACACAACUCCAGAAGCGCGCUCAGAUCCUAGUCAAGGCUCGCCAAUGGAACUCACUAUCGGAAAAGAGAGCGCCCCCGAAGUCAGUCUGGCACACGAGCAGGAUACGACAAUGGAGCUCGUGACGGAAAGAGAGAGCAUACGGAUGAACUCGCUUCCUUCUUCUGCCGGCAGUGGGCACGACUUUGAAACGGAAAGCAGCUUGCGCCGUCAGGAUUCGCGAAACAUCACCGCGGCCCGUGAGGAGGAGCCGCGGACGCAUAAGGCUAUCAAGACUCUUGAGCAAGCGGCAGAUGAAAUUCCCGGACCCAAUGACCGCAAUGCAACUGCCACGGACCAAGAGAACGCGAUUGUCAUCCGUGCACCCUCAAUUGCGGAUCAUAUCCUCCAAGCAUUGACCGCGAAGAAGAAGGUAAGGCCGAUCGGUGUGAGGUCAUUGUGCAUUGUACUGAUUAUGAUAUCUAGAAGGUACAUCUCGGCUCCAGCGUGGCAAUUGUACUCGAUGUCCACGAUUUAAGCAAAACGUUCAUCUGCCCGUCCAAGUAUUUCCAGGAUCGAAUCAAUACUGCUCCACUUCCGACAACGACGAAGUAUCAGGAUGGUGUGGUGUCGAUGCACAUGUUCACUCUCGAUGUGAACGAGAAUGAAGCAGAUCGGCCUACACCAGUCUUGAAUCCCCUCGGGUCAAUGGAUACCCUGGAGACGCUGCGUGAGCGCGGUCCGGGAUUGUUUCUUCAACAAGGAAGAUCAGAAUCCGAGCAAGCAUCGAGUCAAGCUGGAAACGCAACCAUUCACGACGGCACCUCUCGCAACUGGAACGCAGUGUUCGAGACG